AUGGAAAUGUCAAAUAAUCUUUAUGUACUUUUAGAGCAAGUACAAUUGGUUCAGAUACAAUUAAGAGUACCCGAGUAUGGUUGGAUGACUCAGAAGGUCUUCCAUUUUCUUAAUUUCGUGGUGAAUGGGGUUCGAGCGAUAGUCUUUAUUUUCCGUCGGGAUGUUCAGAAGUUGCAACCAGAGAUUCUCCAACAUAUCUUGCUUGAUAUGCCGAGCUUUGCGUUCUUCACAAUAUAUGCACUCUUAGUUUUGUUCUGGGCAGAGAUAUACUAUCAGGCACGUGUUGUAUCUACUGAUGGGCUCAGGCCAAGUUUCUAUACAAUUAAUGUCGUGGUUUAUGUUGUUCAAUUAGCC